AAAGUGAUAAAAAAACAAACUCGAACGUAAUGUUUGUAAACAAUCCCAGCCAGCUGAGUGACGGUCCGUGUCGUUCCUUCGAUCACUUUCGCUAGUUUUCCGCGACAAUGGUGUGCGAAAAAUGCCAAAAGAAACUUGGGAAGGUCAUUACCCCUGACACAUGGAAAGAUGGUGCUCGUAACACAACUGAAGGAGGAGGACGAAAGAUCAACGAGAACAAGCUCCUCACAGGGAAAAAGAAUCGCUUCAACCCAUACACUGCCAGAUUCGUGGAAUGUAGGAUCUGCAGGACAAAAGUUCAUCAGGCUGGAUCCAACUUCUGUCAAGGAUGUGCUUAUAAAAAGGGCAUUUGUGCAAUGUGUGGAAAGAAAAUCCUUGACACAAAGAGCUACUGCCAGUCCUCUGCCUAAAAAAUGUAUAUGAUUAUGGAGAGACAUCUUAAAAGUUUCCCUAUUAUUAUAUAGUUGUUAUUAUAUAAUUUUAGUAAACACUUUAGUUGUAUGUGGAGGUUUCCUAUAUCUGGUCUUUUUUACUAAUAUAUAUUUUUUUCAGUGCACUUAUGUCUUUGAUAUAUUCUAACAGCAUUCAUUGGAAGUUUUUUUUUUUUUUUUUUUUUUUUUUUUUUAAGUAGUAUCCAGACCCUUUUACAGUUAUUGAAAGGAGCAAUUUAAGAUGUUGCUAGCUACCAAAGCCUUUGAAGGUUGUACAUUUGAGGAUCGAGAUUGAUUUUUUUUCCCCAAGAUUUGUGCGUUUCUAAAAUAUAAAGACACUUUUAUUAGAUAAUAUUGUGUUUGGAGUGUCAGGAGCUUGUUUUCUGCAGCAUUAUGUCUCUAGAAUAUCAUUACCCUUUACUUUUCCAAAAGGCCACCUUCACAAGUUUAUGAAAUGCUCUGUAAUGAUAUUAUUAAGAACAUUGUAAUCAGGAGUAUGUUUAGCUAAGACUGAGGAAUGUUUAUCCUCAAAAAAAAAAAAAAAAAAAAAAACUUUGUUAGAGUGAAUGGAAAUAUCUCAUCACCCCUAAGAGAGAAAAUAUUAAAGAUGUAACUGAUUCAAUUUUUAAUUGAUAAAGAUUAUUGUAUA